ACAGUAGGUGCUGAGCUCUGGGCGAACGUCCAUUGGCUAAUCUAAAAUAAUAAAAAAUAAAAGUUUUAUUUCGAAAAUAUAUAAAAUUACAAUUGUAUUUCAAAAAUAAAUAAAGUUACUAUUUUAUUUCGAAAAUAAAUAAAAUUACUAAGUACUUAUUUCAUUUCGAAAAUAAAUAAAAUUAUUAUUUUCAUUCAAAAUUAAUUUAAAGAGCACAGCACAAUGCUGUCCGCGAUCGCUGUUAUUUUCGCCCUAAUCAGCGUCAGCAAUGGAAUCAAAGAAGGAUACCUGCCAUCAUAUAUCAAUCCAUGUGACCUGGCCAAGCCAUCGACAGAGUUCGUGGACUGCGUGAAGGAGCAGAUCGAAGCCACGUUACCCCACUUCACAAAGGGUAUUGAGGAGCUUGGAGUGCCCUCUCUAGACCCCGUGGCGUUGGAUGAUAUACACAUCGAUGGAAAUGGCCUGAAGCUCACCUUCACCCACGCUGCCAUGCAUGGACUUAGCGACAGCAAACUCUCUCAGCUCAAAUUGGACAUCGGCAAGGACGUCGAGACGUUUUCCCUGUCGUUCAAGGGCAAUAUGAGCGUGUCGGCCAAAUACGUGGUGGACGGUCGCAUCUUGAUCCUGCCUAUCCAGGGCAAGGGCGACGCCAAGGUCAACUGCCAUAACAUCGAGGUGCAAAUUGACAGCAAACUGACCCACGUGAAGGACGCUAAAGGCAUCCACUUCAAGCUGGUUACCCCGAGUUACAAGUACAACAUCCAGAGCACCAAAUUCGAGUUCCAAAACUUGUUCAAUGGCAACAAGCAGCUGUCGGACGCCACCCACCAGUUUGCAAACGAGAACUGGAAACAACUUAUGGACGAUCUCUCGCCGCCUGUCAUCAAGCAGAUUGUCAAGACCUGCGUGAAAGCUAUCAACAAGUUCUUCUCCAAUGUCACCAUUCCACAAAUAGUCAAAGGAUACAAUAACUAAACUGUGAUACCAAUUACCUUUAAGAACCAAUUACCUUUUAGAGUAGGUACAGCUUUAGAUAAAUCUUCUGUGUUAUUAGAUGGCAACGAAUCGAAUUUCAUAAGUAGGUGUGCGUCCAAAACAGAUCACCUCACUCAGAAUAGAUCAAGCUGCUUCUAGGCCGGAAAGACAGCACCAAAUUGCCAGUGAGUUCAAAUAUAGUUAAUUCAUAACAACCACAACAUAAAUUGUACAGUGAACUUGAAAUGAUAACAGUGCCAAUAAGGUCAAUCAAGUAAAUACUAAAAUAACAGACGCACUGAUGUUUUAAGUAGGUAGGUACUUAGUUAAAAAAACAGUGUUCCUUAUUUGUAACUCAAUUUAAACUUCGAAUUUGUUAUUUUGUCUUAUUUUAAAACAAAAUAUACUCCUAAAUAAAAAUGCUUCUACAAGGAAGUUCUUAUAAAACGUUCAAUAUAUGAAUAUUUUUUUGUAAAUAUUAGCUCUUCAAUGUAUAAGGAUUAGGGACUAUUUAUAUAUUAUGUAAUAAAAGAAAUUGAUAAACAAA